GCGACUGUGAGCGAUAAUCCAGCAAUACAACCACGUUUUUUAAUCACGUGGGGAAAACAUGCCUAAGUUUGCAGCUAACAAUAAAAAAAGAAAAAAUGAAGAAAUUAGCUCAGAUUCAGAGUCUGAAUCAGAUGGUAAUGUAGAUAAUGCAGAAAGAGAAACUGCUGCCGAGAAACGCCUGCGAUUAGCCAAAAACUACCUUGCACAAUUACGAGCGGAAGAAUUAUCUAAAAGAGAAGAAUCUGACAGUGACGAGGAUGGAAUUAAUACUACAAUCAAUAAACGACUAAAAGAUGACAGGCUAUUCAAAGAGGGAAUUCUCCAAAGAAACUUGGCUGAUUCGUAUUCAAAAGAAACUGAGGUGCAAAUACUGAAGAAUGGGCAUAUGAAGAGCGUUACCUGCAUUGAAGUAACAACAGAUUUAUCUUAUUUGUAUAGUGGAAGUAAAGAUGGACUUGUUAUAAAAUGGAAUAUAAAUGACAAUUACAAGAGAGAAAAGAAAUAUAAAUUGUCACAUUCAAUUCUCUGUAUGUCUUUAAAUACACCAGAGGAUACCUAUUUAGCAGUUGGCGGAUGUGAUAAGAAUUUCUUAAUUCUAAAUACGUCAGACUUCAGUUUAAGGCAUACUUUUAUGGGACAUAAAAUAGCAAUUACUGCUUUGAAGUUUAGAAGGAACUCAAGUCAACUAUUUAGUGCCUCUCAAGAUAAGCUCAUUAAAGUAUGGAAUACUGACGAAAUGUCCUAUGUUGAAACGUUAUUUGGUCAUGAAUCUGCAGUUAAUAGCUUAGACUCUUUAGUUAAGGAAAGAGCUAUUAGUUGUGGAGGUUAUGAUAAAAGCAUUAGAAUAUGGAAAAUAAUUGAUGAAUCCCAAUUAGUGUUUCAUUAUUCGAACUGCACAAGUAUUGAAUGCGUGUCUUACAUAAAUGAAGAUUAUUUCGUGUCAGGUUCUGAUGAUAACUCAAUCCAAUUAUGGUCCGUACUAAAAAAGAAACCCAUUUACGUUCAUAAAGAAGCCCAUCCUGGACCAGAGAAUUGGAUAACUUCAAUAGCAGCUUUAAGCUUUUCAGAUUUGAUAGCAUCCGGAUCGAAGGAUGGAUUUAUCAGAUUAUGGAAAUGUGGGCCCGGCUAUAAAAGCUUGGAAAAUUUGUUUUCUGUUGAAAUACAGCCAGGUUUUGUUAAUAAUUUAAGAUUUCACGGCGAUAGUUUGUUAACUGCUGCAAUUGGUCAGGAACAUAAAUGCGGAAGAUGGUGGAAAGUUAAAGGCUCUAAAAAUUGCUUAGCCGUAAUCAAAUUAAAAAAUUCCUUAGAACAAAAUUAA